ACUCUUGACAGCAAGCAAAAUAUGAAGGGUAAAGGCUGCCAGAGCGCCCUUGCCGUUUGUUUUGGUGCAUUUCCAUAGAAAUGUGGAACUUGCGUAUCGAUUUAACCUUGAAGCAAUUGCCUUUGAUUUGUGCACCGCCGUCAGAUAUUUCUGGAAAAUCAUUAGGAGUUAUCAUACAGUAUGUUCCAACUUACCGGAGACAAGAUGGCAACCAAUUUUGCAUCUUGCACGUGUGUUAACCAUCCAAUAUAUAAGCAUUCUACCUCUAUGAUUUGUCGACGUAAACAAAACCAAACGUCAGUCUCUCAAAGUUUCGCCUGUUGCUCCACCUACCUAUACCUAGUACUCAGACCAAAAUGUCUGGUGGACAAAACACACGAAUUAAAGAUUACAUGCAUGAGACCUUCAUCACAUAUAAUAAAUUGAGGUCCAAAGGGCCCAUUUCAGUUCCGGAAGGAUCUGUUUGCAAAGUAGAAAAGCCACAUUUCUGGGAUAUUGUUGUACUUUCUACUUUUGACUCCAUUCAGAAAAGAUGUUUUGAACAACAGAUUGACAUCAAAAGGCAACUUGGACAUUUCCCAGAUGUCCCAGUCCUUGUGGUAGCUGAUCCUGAUGGCGAGAAAUUAGGUGUUGGUGGCUCUACGUUACAUAUUAUGAAAGAGUUGUUGAAGGACUAUGAUGAUAAUCUUUAUUCAAAGAAAAUUCUUAUAAUCCAUUCAGGAGGCAGCAGUCAAAGAUUGCCAAGUUACAGUGUACUAGGGAAGAUAUUCACUCCAGUUCCAUGCACAGAACUACGAAUCGACCACACCAUCCCACAGAUGCUAGACUUGAAGUUUGCCAUGUAUUUACCAUUUAGUCAGUUCCUUGGACCAGGAGUGUUUAUUACAUGUGCAGAUGACAUUGAAACAUAUGUCUUGGAACCAGAUGCUCUGGAUCUGCAGAUGCUGAAAUCAGCAGAUGUUGUGGCUCUAGCUCAUCCAUCUGAUAUUGAAGUAGGAGAAGGGCAUGGGGUGUAUGUGUUUGAUCAUUAUAAUUCAGGACAGGCACCUUUUGUUAAUACCACCCAAGACUGUAAAGAAGUUUUACAAAAACCUAGCAAGUCAGUUAUGAGAGAAAGAGGAGCUGUGUUCCUAAAAGAAGAAAAUGGCAAACAGUCAGAACAAGUGUGGAGUGAUAGUGUAUUCUGGCUCGGUGAAAGAGUAUGUCGCAAGCUUCUUGCCUGGUAUGCAGGCAAGUCCCCAAUUUCUUCUGAGCUUGAUGCAUAUGCCCACUUUUUACCUUGUUUGGGUACUAAGAUGAAAGAUGCUGAGUCAUGUGAAUUCAGUGAUUUCAGAGCUGAAAUGCUUCCUAUAUUCAAAGACUGCAGUUUCAAAGUGUUACUUUUAAAUGACUCAAGAUUUUAUCACUUAGGAACCAUGGAAGAGUAUAUGUACCAUCUUACUUCUUUUGAGGAUUUUAUCUCUGAAUUAAGUUUACUAAGGAAUAACAGUAACUGCACAAUGCCAUUUUCUUUUAAAGAUAUGUCUGAAGCCAAGAAAACUUUUCCAAGUAGAGUUAUGGUAACCGAAACUUAUUUUACCAGUCCUUCAGUCAAGAUAGUAUUAGAAAGUGACAAGACUCAAAUGAUAUUGGAGUACUGUCAAGUCUCCAUGUCCUUUUAUACCAGUGGUAAUCUAAUUUUGAGUAACUGUGUAAUAAAAGAGUGUUCAAGUGUUGCAUAUAAAUGCCAAAAUGUUGACAUUUUUCACAAUCUUUUGUAUCAUACUGUGCCUAUUACAUUCAAUGGACAGUUAUUAUAUGUUACUGUUGCUUUUGAUUUAACAGCUGAUAUGAAAAAGAGGUGUAAAAACCUGAGUGAUAUUAUGAUUUUUGGAAGUAAUCUAAAUGAAACUCUACAUGUACUUGGAUAUAAGGAAAGUGAUGUGAGAACAAAUGGUGACCCUUUUAUCUCACUGUGGACAGCUAAGUUGUUUAUGGGAAGUCAGAGCCCUGAGGAAAGCUUUUGGCUAACACAUAAUGCAAUAAAUCAGGUCAUAAGUCUUCAGAGAAAUAUGGUAAUGCAGACAGAUGUUAGUGGAUGUUCAAAGUCUCCACUUUUCAGUAUGAAAGAUAUUAUCAAAUUAAAAGCCUUGGAUGUUUUUAUAAAGGACAGGAAUAAUUUACUAUCCCUCAAUUGUAGUUGAUGUCUUUAUGUUCAACAGACACUUUUCAGAGAGAGAGAGAGAGAGAGAGAGAGAGAGAGAGAGAGAGAGAGAGAGAGAGAGAGAGAGAGAGAGAGAGAGAGA